UAGCUCUAGAGGAUUACCAGAGGAGAUUAGAGAGAAAGACGGUGCAUUGUACCAUCUGUCUACUUGCAGCAGGAGUUUUGUCACGCUGACGUUACGGACCAAACGUCAUCAAAACAGUGCUGUAGAAAGAUCCUUAAUUACCUAAUGAGUCCCAGACAGUGAGUUGUGGCAGGUCCAUGGAACCAUGGGAUUGCUCCUUACAGUGUCAUAAUAACGCAAAUCUGUGCUGCUGUUUUUUAUUUUAGAAGCCUUGGCAGCUGACCAGAGCGGACGCAACAUGUGGCAGUAUGUAUGGAUGCUGACUACUUUGUGCUUUACUGCCAGCGUUUCUGUUGUGGGUCAGUUGGAUAUUAGUACUGAGGAAGCUAACUGGGUCCACAAACUAAGAGAACUGGACAAAUUCUCUCAGAAUGCUGAUAUUUCAUGGGCAGAAACUCAAGCUCAAGCAAUUGCUGAAGCACUUGAGGAACAUGGACUCCUGCUACGACAGAAACGAAACCUCCUUCUGUCCAGUGGAGUGCAUCUCUGCCCCCAGGAGACGAUACAGCAAGCCAUAGCCAGCCAUCUGAAAUAUUACCAGCUGAGAGUGUGCCAGGAGGUGGUACGGGAAGCGUUUGAGAUUUUCCUGGACCGCCUACCUGUAGACAAGGAAUAUGAGCACUGGAUGAGCCAAUGCCAGAGCGGGAUGGUCAGUGCAAGGGAGAUUGGCCUUAUGAUCAGCCAGUCAGAGGAACAUCUUGCUCUGAUUUACAGUAGGCUGAUUCAAACUGGACAGAAAAAUGACACAACUAAGACCCAUGUGUGCAGACCUCAAUGUGAAUCAUCCAAAGAGCAAGACAUCAGUCCUUCAGAUGAGACCGUGGGAAAGCUAACGACAGAGGUCAUUUCAGACACGAUCCUAGCCACCCUGGAUCAAGUGGGCUUAGAACCUUGGGAAAUUACAACAGCAUCAUCUGGCACUACGAUCUCAGAGGCACACAGUGAGCUUAAUAAUGAAAUAGAGCCUGUGCGACACGCAGCAGUGGAGUAUGGAGUGAAUCUCACUGGGAUACUGAAAGGAGAGCAAUGGAGUGUUCAUCUCUCAGAUCCACACAGCAGCCGAUAUUACACACUCUCUCAGCGGUUCAGUGAGAAGGUUUCAGGAGCACUGGAGAAGCUGGAUGAAUUCAAGAACAUAUCUAUACUGGACUUCAGUCCAUAUUUGGACACUUCUGGUGGAGAGUCUGUGUUGGUGAACUAUGUAGUGUUACUUCAGACAAAGGGACAUGAGAUCAGCAGUGAAGCUCUGGACUUCAUUAACAUGCAGUUAAACAUGGUGGAGGGAAACUUUGAUGACCAGCAUGUGGCCCUGAUUGAGAAAACAUCUCCAGAGGAAUCCCAGGCUACAAACGGGCAACAAGCAGAGAUAAUGUAUGAGAGACAAACUACAACACCACCACAAGAUUUCCCUGGAGACGAGGCAGAGGAAGAGUCUAGAUUAUUUGAGGAAGUUGUAGGAGUGACCGAUGCCACUGUACAGCCACGCCUCACUGAGUGGGCCAGCACCUCAGAGGAUACUAACCUGAAAGAAGCCUGGCUUCUAUACAGUACAGGGGAAACUCAACCUUUGCCCAGUGUAACUCCUACUGUGGCAUCCAUCCAAGCUGCUGGUUCCACAGGUGCUGUUUCUCGUGAUGAGACAUAUCAGAUAGAGGACAUCCUUAAAAAUGACCUGUCCAAAGAUAGUGGAGAUCACACUGGAAAUCUGAAUGAAGAUGAAGACACAUCUGUUUUAACUUACAGACCUCUGGCAUGGGAUAAUGUGUUUUAUGAGUCUUCCACCACUGUAACUAAUUAUCUAGAGGCAUUUCUAGAGGAAACACCCAGUCCCAUACCAGCCGUAAGGACAACAAACUCAGCAGAGGCAGGUGACCACACACUUACAGAGACAGUCAAAAGUGAAGAAAUAUCUUCAAAGGAGGAGCAGCUCGUGACUCAUCAGCAAAAAGAGAAAGGCGUACAAGAACAUGCUGAGAUUUCUACACAAACAGAACUAAAGGUCAUGGAAGCGACAGAGGCCUCUAGAGAAAUACAGAAAACUGUUACUCUAGCAGGAAUAAAAGAUUUUGAGAGUUUCACAGUUAAAGUGGAUGAAGCAGAGAAAGCUGUAGCAGAAGACGUUGAUUUUUCCAUAGUGAUGGAGAGAGAUGAGUAUGGGCUUGAUGUGGAAACAAUUACUCCAGCUUUUCAGAUUCCAGAAGAGGAGCUCACCACAGAUCCCCAUCCUGUUCACCCCAUAGAUUUCUCUCCAGAUACAAAGUUUAUUCCCACCAUGCCCACGGAAGUCAAUAUUCCUGAGAGCGAGUCUGUUCAUAUACCGACUGGAACAGAAGAGGGGAGUGAAGGCAGCAUCGCCAUGCCUACAAGCCCUGGACGUGCUCUGAUAGUGUUCUUCAGUCUGCGAGUGACCAAUAUGAUAUUCUCAGAAGAUUUGUUCAAUAAAAGUUCUCCAGAGUACAAAGCCCUGGAGCAGAGGUUCCUUGAGUUGCUGGUUCCUUACCUGCAGUCGAACCUCAGUGACUUUCAGAAUCUGGAGAUACUGAACUUCAGGAAUGGCAGCAUCGUGGUGAACAGCCGCAUGAAGUUUUGGAAGCCGGUUCCUCGAAGCGUCACUUCAGCUGUCUACCUGAUCCUCGAGGACUUCUGUAACACAGCAUACCAGACCAUGAACCUGGCCAUAGACAAAUACUCACUAGAUGUGGAGUCAGGUGAUCAGGCAGACCCAUGUAAAUUCCAGGCAUGUAACGAGUUUGCUGAGUGUAGAGUGAACCACUGGUCCAGCGAGGCCGAGUGUGUGUGUAACCCGGGCUACUUCAGCGUGGAUGGCUUGCCCUGCCAGAGCAACUGUGAAAUCCAGCCAGAUUUUUGUCUUAACGAUGGCAAGUGUGACAUCAUUCCAGGUCGAGGAGCCAUCUGCAGGUGUCGAGUAGGGGAGAACUGGUGGUACCGAGGAGAGCACUGUGAGGAGUAUGUUUCAGAGCCGCUGAUGGUGGGGAUUGCUAUAGCGUCAGUGGCUAGCUUCCUGCUGGUGGCUUCAGGAGUCAUCUUCUUCCUAGCUCGAGCUCUGAGGAACCAGUAUGAAGAGGAUGUGCAGGACACUGUGAGGAGAGGAGACAGUGUUGGUUCGCUGGAAAGGGCUACAAAGUACAAUCCCAUGUAUGAGAGUGAUGUGACGACGGGUUACAGUCAUUACUGUCAGCGCUAUCCCGAACCUCCGAUCUACAGCAGUGCCAGCGCAGAGGCCUCCACAGACUUUAGCAGUGAGGAAAUCCAGCACAUCUAUGAGAACAGUGAACUCACCAAAGAGGAGAUUCAGGACCGGAUUCGCAUUAUUGAGCUGUACGCUAAAGAUCGUCAGCUCGUGAACUUUGUCAGACAGCAUCAAGCUGUGGCAGAGACUCAUCAACAUGAAAAGGACUCAUCAGAGCUCAUCAACAUGAAAAGGACCUACACCUAGUAGCCUGCUACACACAACAAGGAACAGCUGUGGAAUCCUUGAUGACCGUUUAGGUGUAUUGUCUUGCCUCUUAGCCAUAUCACACAGAUCUGAACGUUUAUCUUCUGAGAUGCUUCUUUCCUACUCAGUGCCUUAUUGACUGUGCUUUAAAGACGGUUGAUUUCGCAAUCAUAUGCUGAAGUUCAGGUCUAUUAUUAGAUCUGAGGUGUGUUUAGUGUUAAACUAAGAUUUCAAUAAGCCAUCAUUAAAUGUUCCACAAGCAACAGGAAAUAU